GAGCACCAACUCUUCAAACCAAACCGCGGCAGUCUCUCCUGUCGCGCAUCCAAAUCCAUCUAUAAUCCUCUCCCAAAACCAUUUACAAAAUCGCUCAACAGUGCUCUUGGACCAGAGAAAAAAAAGAGAGAAAGAAAAGAAGGAAUUUUUACCCGUGGUGUUCUGUUUCUAAUCGGUGAUUUAUGCCAUCACAUCUGGCGUUGCUUUCGUGCCUGCUGGUGCUGGUCCUCUCCCUCGAUAAGUUCCUCCUCCACUACCUCAGGAAGCGCUGGCUCUCUGGAGGAGGCGGCAGCAUAAUCCCCAGGAUCCCGACCAGCCCCUUCAAGUCGCAGCGAUCCAUGGCGGCCGCCGCCAAGUGGACCGAGACGGCCAUGCUCGUCAUCGACAUGCAGAAGGAUUUCGUCGACCCGGCGAUGGGAAGCCCGGUGCUGGUAGCCGGCGGCGAGGGCGUAGUCCCCACCGUCGCUGAGGCCGUCUCCGUGGCGCGGGAGCGCGGCAUCUUCGUCGUCUGGGUGGUAAGAGAGCAUGACCCUUCUGGAAGAGAUGUUGAACUUUUUCGCAGGCAUUUGUAUUCUGGUGGGAAGGGUCCAACAGCAAAAGGUUCGAAAGGUGCAGAGCUAGCUGAUGGGCUUGUUAUCAAAGAAGGUGACUAUAAGUUGGUGAAGACAAGAUUUAGUGCUUUCUUUGCAACGCACCUCGAUUCUGUUCUUAAAACACUAGGAAUAAAGAACUUGGUGAUUGUUGGGGUUCAAACACCAAAUUGCAUUCGGCAGACUGCCUAUGAUGCUGUAGCACUGGACUAUGAGAAAGUUACAGUCAUUAUUGAUGCAACAGCGGCUGCGAGGCCAGAUAUACAUUUAUCAAAUAUCAGAGACAUGAAGAAUAUUGGCGUGGAAGCACCAACCUUGGAAGAGUGGCGCCAUUAAGCUUGCUGGUGGUGUACUUCAUUCUCAGCACAAUGGAACAUACCUGGGUGCAUCAAAAGAAGUGGGCCACUUCUUUUUUUUCCCUUUUGGUCUGGAUGAAUUUAGUGUUAUUAGUCUUGUAAGGCUGGAUGCAUACAACUUCUAAUCCCUAUACUACUUAGAGUUGAGGUAGAAGCUUAUAGUUAUAUUAGGCUGGAUGCAUAAAACUUAUAUAAUCCCUAUGCGUAUGUUGAUUCGAAGCGCGCUAGGCUGGUCC